AUGCUGAACUGCAGGGCUCACUUGUUGCGCCGCCAGAUAGUAGCCCUCUGGGGCCCCCCGGCUGCCGCCCAGAAAUCCUCGGCCCCCCAGGCUGCAGCAAAGAAGCCUGCAACUCCACACCCAUCCUUGAACUUGGACGAUGGGAAGGUUUUCCGCCUCAAGAGCAACUGGGAGCUCACUCGGGGACUGCUGGUGUUCCUGCUCUGCUCCUCUCCGCGGCUGGUCCAGAAAGCACCUGUGCUCCUUUCCAUCUCCAGACGAGUUUUGGGCCGCCGGCUGUGGAACUCCGUACUCCGUCUUACACUCUAUGGACAGUUUGUGGCAGGCGAGACUCACAAAGAGAUCAAGGGCACAUUGCAACGGCUUCAGGACUUGGGGGUCCGCCCCCUCCUUGCCGUUCCCAUAGAAGAAGAUGUGGGGGAGGCAAAGGAAGGGGAGAGGUGGUAUGACGAGAACGCCAACUCCAUGAUGACCUGCGUGGAUCUGUCCGUGGGGAGCACCACCAACCCCAUGAUGCAGCUGAAGGUGACGGCACUCAUGGCCGCUGAGCUCUGUAGGACUAUUACUCUGCAUUUGCAAAAGCAGGAAGGGAUGUCUGACCUGAGCAUAGAGAGGCUGGUGUCUGCCAUGAAAGGAGAGGAACUGAAGUUUUGCUGCUUGACCGAAGAAGAGAACCAACAUUUUCGAAAGUCAUUGAGACGGCUCAAUUCCGUAGCACAGCAUGCGGUAAAAAAGGGUGUCCGUGUUCUAGUGGAUGCAGAAUACACCUAUGUUAACCCUGCCCUGACUCUGGUGACUGUGGCAAUGAUGGCUACCUGCAACACACAACACCCAUGGAUCUGGAACACGUAUCAGGCGUAUCUCAAGGACACACUGGAGCGGAUGCAUCAGGAUGCGGCCCUCGCAGACCGCUUGGGUGUGUGUUUUGGAGUGAAACUGGUCAGGGGAGCUUAUCUGGAGAAGGAACGGAAGCUGGCAAAGGAAAAAGGAUAUUCCGAUCCCGUCCAACCCACCUGGGAGGCUACCAAUGAAAGCUACGAGCGCUGCCUGGAUUUCUGCUUGGACCGAGUGCCUCAUUCCAAGGGAAAAUUUGAGCUGAUCGUGGCCACGCACAACGAAGCUUCUGUGAUGCACACCGUGCAAAGGAUGGCAGAGAUGAGCAUUGACAAAGGAGCUGGACUGGUGUGCUUCGGGCAGCUGCUGGGCAUGUGUGACCAGGUGUCCUUGGCCCUGGGUCAGGCAGGUUACGCCAUCUAUAAAUCUAUCCCCUAUGGCUCUGUGGAAGAGGUGAUCCCCUACCUGACUCGCCGUGCUCACGAGAACCAGAGUGUCCUCCAGGGUAUCCGAAAGGAGCGAGAUCUGCUACGCUCGGAGCUGCGGAGACGGAUCCUGAGGCAGCCUUGA